UGCUGCUCCUCCUGGCAGUCAGUUGGAACAUUUACAUAGCUGCGGAUCAGAGUACGUUCAGUGUAACUCAAUUGCCCAAAGAAGCGGUUGUAUCCAAAGGAGGGAACGUCACGUUCUACUGCUUAUUUCCCAUUUCUCAGGAUCAAUCCUGGACGAAAGUGCAUUGGUGGAAACAGGGCGAGAAUAAUUACCAACGGACAGGCAUCGGCAACAGAAAAAGUUCUGGUCUGAGAGGUACAAGAACUUGGUACUUUGAGUUGCAACAAGUAAUGAUCCAAGAUUCUGGACUGUAUUUCUGUUCAGUGACCCGCAAAGGACUGUCUGCAAGAAAUGGAACUGGUUCACUUCUAAAAGUGAAUGCAGUUCCAACGCCACUGAAGAUUUCCGCGAAAAGAAAUUCAGCUACAACUUUCAUUAUCGUGUGUGAAACAUCUGCCUUUUAUCCCAAGAAUUUCUCGCUUACUUGGUAUAAAAAUGGCAUUGAAAUAGCAUUAGGCAUACACACCAAGGUAAGGAAGGACAACGACGGACUUUAUGUGGUUUCGAGCAACUUGAAGGAGACACAGCCGGUCCAGAACGACACAAAUUAUACCUGUUCGGUGUCUCAUGUCUCCCUCAAUAUUUCAGCGGUAGCAGUCCAUUCUAUUUCCAAAUCUAACCAAGGUUCCUCUGGCAAAACCCGUUCCUCUUGGGUUCCCGGUUGUGCGGUGGGUGGACUGGCGUUUCUACUACUGAUAAUCAUCAUUGGAACGUGGUACCGAAAGCAGGAAAAUAAGGGUAAAGAGGAAUGCGUUACGGAAGCGAAUCGACGUGAGAAAACGGAAUCUCCGAUAGCUUGUUACUCCGCCGUAGACUUCAGGAGAUUUAAGAAUACACCAGGACGAAAAGGCGAUCGUGAAAAAAUCGCAUUUGGUCAGACAGUACAAGAAAAUUCAAAUGACGAGUUGUCUUAUGCGACCUUGACAUUGACUGGAAGAAAGAACCGGUGGAAUACAGAAUAUGCUGGGCUGCAGACACACAAACAAAUGGGAGAAACUGAAGUUGUUUAUUCUAAAGUAAGGUCAAGCUAGCCACAGAAUUAUAGCUGCAGACAGUCCGUUUUUGAUAAGUACUUAGAACACGCCAAUAACAAGUCAACUCAGAAAUAUACGUGACAGGAAGAGCAAUCGGUAAUUUUUGUUCUUGUCUACUCCGCCAAUCAAUGAAGUUCUAUUUCACUACUAAGGAAAACCUCACCUUAUUACUCUAGAUGUAAAAUUGCGUCGUCCUCUGCAGUUCCUAUACUCAAUUGCUCUGCUCGAUUAAUAUCAUGGAUUCACUAUCCACUAGAUGACAGCAAUAUUGUUCUCUUUUCUGUUCUGAAUGGCUAGCUUCAUAUAUUUGAACUGUCAAUUCGAGUUCCACGUGCUAACUCCCCUAGGUUCUAAAAAGUUUCCAUUGUAUUCUGCUCAUGUGAAUAAAACCAAUUCGCAUUAUUGCAAACUCAAGAGACGACAGGCAUAGCCUGCUCCAUCUCCCCUUAUCUCCAUACUCGACAAUCCUGCAUAUCAGUGAAUUGAGUGAACUUUCACUUCUCUCCUUGUACGGCAAGAGUAUCGUUCUUUUCGAGCUAUUGGACGUGCUCGGCAAAUGUGGUUAUUUACAAUGUCACUAAAACAGUUUUAGAAUAUUUAAGGUUAUGUGUGUACGAAUAAUGACAUUAAUUUACUCUUUCAGUCCUGCCAUAUUACUAGUAUCGCUGCAGUCAAAUAUCUUCAAAUUGAACACCUAAAAAAAAAUCUGUUUAUUUACAGUAUCAUACAAAUUGUUCAUACCUACUCAUUUUUAACCUGUGGAGUUUGACUCUCUUACCAUCGUUCAGAACUUGCGGUGAUACCAACACUGAGUGGGAUAACUCUACUUGACACUUUAACCUGGCAAAUGAUUGGAGAGUCCAGUUGUAUUAUGACUUCGAAGUAUCAUAUCUCCCCGCGGCGUAUGGAGAAUCAUGAAGCCUGUAAUGCUGCAGGAAGCUUCAUGACUCAUUUUGGUACUUUGAAUCAACUGCUGACCACCCCACCCCGCCCCAAGCCAAGUAUAUCUCGUUUUCAUGCAUGUAUUCGAAAACUUACUAAUGAUGCUCUUGUUUAGAAGAGUAAGAACUUGACUAAUAUUGUCCUUUUCUCGUUUAAUGCAUACACACAACAGUCAGUUAUGCAUUAUGUUUACGAAGAGCUUCAAAUUUCUUGAGGAGAAACCAGUCAGCUUCUGAGUUUCCAAAAUUCGAUUUGACUUGAAUGCUGAGUCUCCAAACCCAACACCAAUUUCCGACCUCAUCACCAAAGAAAAAUUCAAAAUGAAAAAAAAACUGGUCGUGAAUAUUGCCUUACUGUUUAUCUGCUGCUGUGUUUUUUUAUUUACUUCAGUAAUGUUUUAGUAAUGGCAAGAUGAACUAUACGAGAUGUGAUUGAUAAGUUCCUGGCCUAGGGUAGAAGGAGAUGAGUUAUUAACUUCAAACUUUCUGCAUAAUCACCCAAAGAAUAGAAAUGCAUGUGUAUGUACCGGGAGUUGAAAAACUCAUCUUCUUCUACCUUAGGCCAUGGACUUAUCAAUCACCCCUGCUGUUGAAACUUUCUGGAGGUCUAAGAUCCGUAUGCUCCACGACUGCUGGACUAAGUGUGUAAAUGUAGAAGGGGACUAUGUUGAAAAAUAGAAGUGCUACGUUUACUAAAACUGACUCCUUCCAGCUUAGGCCAUGAACUUAUAAAUCACCCCUCGUAUAGACAAAGCAAUGCAUAUGGUUUGAGUAGCUGAAAUGUCAGUACAGAUAAAAUAUAAAUGGUUAGUAGAAUUUAAGGUGGAUAGUCAGCUAAAUUUGUUUGUUUACCAAUUUAACGAAGCCGAGCUAACGUGCAGGAUGUGGUCCUGUCACACAGUUCAAAACACCAAUGCGUUAAGUUCAAAUUUAGCAUUUACAUUGUAACAGACGAAAACGUUCUAGCGUUGAACAGCAAAGAUCACUUCAAUGCAUUGACGCAUAUGAACUUACAACAAAACCUGAAUGGUAAA